GUCGACGCGCAGGCUCGCUCCCUCUUUCCCCUUACCGCCGCUCCAUUCUCUCCAUUCUUCCCCUCGACAAAACUGUUUUCGCUCCCUCCUCCCAACCACCAGCCCGAAACCACCACGGCUGUCACUCGUUUGACAAUUCCUCUCGUUUUUUUCCGUUUCUCUUCCAUCCGACCGUCGAUUUUUCAAGUCGACAUUCCACACUCUCUCCUUUUCAACUUCAGGCGCGGGACUGUCCUUAUCCUGCAGAGGUCAAGAGGAGGAAUCUUGCUUUCAAUGCCCAGCCACUAAAGCGAGCCUCCAAACGGGAGCACGCAGAAAUCGAGAUCACGAACCGAACCGACUUCGAGUCACCAACCCAUAUCCCAAUCCCCGGGACGACGUCAAAGGACCCAACCCGAAACCCCCAUCGUCGGCUGGUUCCUGCACUUCUCCCCACCCGUUUCUUCUUGUUCUUUUUUUGGCGUGAUUGUCCACGCCGCUCCCUUUGUCCAGCGCCUUUCCACCUCAACCUACCUGUCUUUUUGUCGACUUGUCACGCGAGUCGAUCCUGAACAAAGAAGCCAUCGACUGCGGCAACCGUGUUUGGACUUCAUCUGGGUCCACUCAUCCCACGACCAGGCACCGGUCGUCUCCAGUCCAGUAUCGCACUCGACAUCCACAUUCAUCUACCGUCAUCAUGCAGUGCUUUACAAUCGCCACGGCCGUCGUGGCACUCUUCGCCGGCGCCGUCAUCGCCGAUCCCCCGACCCCAGGUCAGACCGAGAAAGGCCUCCAGCGGAAGCCUAUGCGGCCAAUUCCUAAUGACGCUACCGUCCACGGAUGCUACAGCAGUGGCGCCGGGCUCCAGCUGGUGGACAAGGCAGUCAAAUUCAACACCAUGGGCGAAUGUGGUGUGAAAAUUUGCAACGUAAUGGGAUACAAGGUCGGCGCGAGCUACCAAGGCACCCAAUGCUGGUGUGGAAACACAUACCCGCCAGGUUCGAAGCUGGUCGACGACAAGCAGUGCAACAUUCCAUGCCCAGGCUACGACUGGGACGCCUGUGGCGGACCGAGCGCCUUUACUGUAUACAACACAGGUAUCGACCUGUACGGCGUUGAGAACGCCACCGAGACAGUAAGCUCAACGACAAGCUCCUCCGCUACGCCAAAACCUACCGAGUCUACGGCCGAUGCUGCCCCUGUUCAGACCACGAGUGCGCCACCAGAAAGUAGCAACAGUGGCAGCGGCAACACUGCAGCAAUCGCUGCGGGUGUCGUUAUUGGAGUUCUUGCCAUGGCCGCUGCCGCCGGUGGCCUUUGGUUCUUGCUAAGGCGUCGCCGCAACCGCGAAAUUGAGGAGGAGCACCGCCGUAACGCUGCGGUCAACGCCUUCAUUCACGGAAACAAGCCCGGUAGCAGUGGCGGUGUGUCCAUGACUGAUUCCCGCAUGGAUCCCGUCAUGGCUCAAAGGCGUAUGAGUGACGGCAGCAUCGCAGACAACCAAGACUACUCUCGCAGGAUUCUCCGAGUCACCAACGCAUGAGUAACUUCCCCCGAUGACGACGAACGACAAAGUGUAUUCUACUUCUCAUCGGCAUUAUCGGCGUUUGGGACACUCGAAUCCAGAGCGGCGACGAGACCUCGCAACAUCCGCUCGAGGCAUGCUACUCUAGCCUCUGGGUCAUGGAACUGCAAGAUGAUUGGCCAUCAAGUCGGCAUUUGCGCACCAUUGAAAGCCUCGGGGAUGGCGGAGGCUUAUAUCUCAAUCUUCCUUUACCGCCACCAGUGGCUGGACGCUAUCCUCAUGAUUUAGCCAAGCCGUGGCAUCUUCCCCUAUCAUCCAUUAUUUCUUCCACGAUCCAAAGCGCUUGGAUGCGUGUUCCAUACGGUAUUGCCUCUGUCCCGGUUCUUUUCCUUUGAAUUUCUUUUUUUUUUUUAGAGUGACUUGGGCAUCAUCUGGGGUCACCUAGCUGUCCACCCCCAAGAACUGGGUUUAGUCGUUACUGUUUGUCCUUUUGCGACAAUGGUGACGAAAGAAGAAGAAUAUGUGUAUAUCCCCUCCCUCCCUGUGUGCGACCCUGGUUCCCGCUUCGGGGCUGCAGCUUAUAGUGUGACUGAGGGCUACUUCCCUUCUAUGAUCAGUGUCAUUGGCUCGCGGCUUCGAACGGUCCGGGCAAGUCAAUGGGAGCAUAUGUGUACUAAGAAGGUCUGUCGAACUGGGCUGCCUUGCCGGCGUUUUCAUAUUUUUCCCCUCGUAUUUUAUUAUAAGUAAGUCAGUAAUAGAGGAUACCUAGCAAUUCGGCGGAUGAGAAUAUAGAAUUUGUACACUCGUAACCAUACUCUCAUGCGUUCUUUCGGUUCUGUGUGGCAAGUGAAG